AUGGAUCCAGAGUGCACGGUGCACGUCUCGUCUUUCGCACGAAGUGCAGUACAGCACGCCUCAUCCACGGACGGACGUCUAUCUGAUAGCCAGCCGACGAUGCUCGACCAGCCGUUUCAGGUGUUCUGGCAGGCCACGUCUCGGCUGCUGGCCAGUGCCACAAUUUCGGCGCACGCUGCAGUGUCGUACGGCAGCGGAGCAAUCUAUAGCGGCCAAUCAUCCCAGAAAGGCCCCUACGUGGGCCCACGGGCCCCGUCAAUGCCUGCACAAGAGCGACAACGCCAAACGUGGGGGAGUGAGAUGCUGAGGCUGUCCCGCAGCAGCGAAUUUGAGGGACGGCGGAGUGUCCGGCGACCACGCUGGACAUCGCGCAAUCCGAGGAGGGUGCACAGAUAA